AAAUGUAAUUGGCUAAAUUAGUGCCUCCCUUGUGUCGAAAGAAUCAAGGUCAUAGUUGAUUUACAUGUGCAUUAUUUAUAUAUUUUUAAUUUAUUGAAGGAAGAUAAAGUUUUAACUGUGGUAAAUCAAGGAUCGUUGCUGAAAGUUCUUACGUCAGUCAUGGAUGAAAAAAAUACUGAACUGCACGGGGCUGUUGCAAUGUAUGGACCAUGCACUGUGAGAGAUUUAAAAGUGGGAGAAACGAAAUAUUGGUGUAGAUGCGGCCUCAGUAAGAAUCAACCUUGGUGUGAUGGAUCUCAUAAGGACACUGGUAUAAAACCCUUAAAAUGGACAGUUGACAAAAGUCAAACACUGUUCUUUAUUUGUGCAUGUAAACAAACUAAAAGUCCGCCAUAUUGUGACGGUAAUCAUGUGAAUGCGCCAGCGGAAGUGGAAAACCGGAAGAAGAAUUGCUCACGUGUCGACAAUCAUGUGGAACAGUGUAAACUAUGUACGAACUGCGGAUGGGUGCCAGAUUUUUAACGUUUUGUAUAGACUAUGAGUUUUGUGAUGUAGACCUAUGAGCCCUGAUUAUAUGUCGAUCUUGUGUUAUUUUGUUCGUAUAUAUUGUGUGAAAUAAAUUGUAUAAUUAUUGCGGUAACCAAGUCAAAUAUUCUAUGUUAUCAUAUCUGAA